ACGCGGAGCUGUUUGCAGCAAUAUGUACACAAAAGUCUCUCAUCUGGAUAAGGGCGGAUUUGGACCUCCGCGAAGAGCAUUGGCCUGCAGACUGCAAAGCACCAGUUGAGCUGAAGAGCAAUAUGACUAUUUCAGGGCCCCUGGACGAACCCCUCUAUUACACCGUCUCGUUUAACUUCAUGGUUGUUAUUCCGCCCUACGGUGAGGUGAGGCUGCGGCACUUCACAGCUCGCAACACCCGCCGCGGCGGCAGCGGGGAAGUGGACUUCAUUGCCUACAGUCCCAAGGGUAUCCUGUGGACCGAUGACCUCAACAAAAACCAGGAGGUCCUCCACUACGAGCAGUUCUUUACGGAUGUGAAUGUGGGAUCUGACACGGAGACGGGGGGCUACGUGAUGGCCAAGAGGAACGCCUCCAAGACAUGCGACCAGUUUGUGACAAUGGAGUGCCUGCAGAGCAAGGGGGGGGACGCGUGCAUGAUGCAGGUCAUCAACGACUUCCUGGCUAAACUGAGCCAAAAGGAGGAGGAAAAGGACGGUCACGUGAACCCGCUGGCCAUAGCCCUACCUGCCGCAUUCGGGGGUACCGCACUUGUACUUGGGGUCAUCAUCGCUGCGACGCUGCUGAGCCGCCGCCGCCAGCGCCGCCGUCACAAGGCAGAAGCGGCGGUCGGCGGGGCUGACGUGGAGACCGCUGGUGGCGGUGGUGGUGGUAAGGAUGCAGGCAGCUGCAGUAGCCAUGAGCCCGCCAGAUAUGACACGGGCGGUGACAUGGGCCGCUGUCUGUCCGGUCCUGGUCGCCGCGCUGCCGGCCACAUCCCCUCCCUGGCCUCCCCCUCCGCCGCCGCCGCCGCCCUCUCCUCCGGCGCCGCGCUGGUGGAGGGCGUGAUGGAGGACGGGUCAGUGUGCGCCCUCGCAGUAGCCACUGAAAUCCGUUUAAUGACUUCGGAAGCUUGUCGCCAUCCCAACUUGCUGAGGGCCCACACCUACGUCAACAGGGCCAAGGUCCUAAACAAGCAACAACCGGCUGGUCAGGCCCUGCAGUCCACAAUCCGCAGCCUGGCAGCCCUCACCUCCUCAAAACGGGGGGGAACCAGCGAGCCGCCCGGGGCUGUAGCAGCAGUAGCAGCUACAGGUGCUACUGCUUGUGCGCCUGACCUGGCGGAGACCUGGAUCGUAUCUGAGUACUGCGACCUGGGCGCCCUGUCCGUACACGUCCACGUGGCGAAAAGCUUCCUGUACCCGCUCCUGGAGGGAAACACGUUACCGGAAGCAGCAGCAACUGCAACUGCAACUGCCAUAACCGCUGCAACCACCUCAGCCAGAAGCGCCUCAGGGGGCGGCAGCGGGUUGGGCGGUGGUGCUGCGUGUGUGUCGCUUCGUCGGCCUCGUUUGGAUCUCAUAUUGAGGGUCCUUCGAGAUAUUUCCUCGGGUAUGGCUCACCUGCAUUCGCUCAACAUUGUGCAUGGAGAUCUCAAGCUGGGUAAUGUGUUGCUGCAGUCCAUCAGCGCUGAUCCGCAGCAGCAGCAGCAGCAGCAGGCGGAGGAGGAAGUGGCGGCGGCGCUGCCCCCGGCUGGUGACACCGCCGCCGCCACCGCCACAGCCACCGCCACCAGCGCCAGCAGCAAUGUCAACACCUCCGCACUUCUGAGUCGGGGGAGGGAAGGUGGAGGGGGGGAUUCGCUCCCUAGCCAGCUUAUGGCCAAGGUGGCGGACUUCGGUCUGAGUCGCUGCCUGAAGGAAGGUCAAACCCACCACUCCACAAAGACGGUGGGAACUGUGACCCACAUGCCCCCCGAGCUUCUUCGCAGUGGGAAGCUGACGCUCAGUGGUGACGUAUACAGCUUCGGCAUCAUGAUGUGGGAGCUGCUUACUGGAUCCGUUCCGUACAGG